UGCUGUCACAUAAUUUGCAUACCACCGAACAACGUGGAAAAUUUAUCCAAUCAAAGUGUAAAGUUUUAAAUACCAUAUUUGCAUACUAGCUCUACAAAUAUCCUGAGUGAUGUUUCCACGACAUACUUUUUUCUUUAACUUGGCGUGUUGUUCGUCAUGCCUGAGCCGGCCAAGUCCGUUCCCGCCCCGAAGAAGGGCUCCAAGAAAGCGGUGACCAAAGCCCAGAAGAAAGAUGGCAAGAAGCGCAAGCGCAGCCGCAAGGAGAGCUAUUCUGUGUACGUGUACAAGGUCCUGAAGCAGGUCCACCCGGACACUGGCAUCUCGUCCAAGGCCAUGGGCAUCAUGAAUUCUUUCGUCAAUGACAUCUUCGAGCGCAUCGCGGGCGAGGCGUCGCGCCUGGCACAUUACAACAAGCGCUCGACCAUCACGUCCAGGGAGAUCCAGACGGCCGUGCGCCUGCUGCUGCCCGGGGAGCUGGCCAAGCACGCCGUGUCCGAGGGCACCAAGGCUGUCACCAAGUACACCAGCUCCAAGUGACCCCAGCAAAAAAGUGCUUUUCGUGGUUAGUCUCAAAGGCUCUUUUAAGAGCCACCCACUUUUUCAGCACAAGAGCUGUAAUGAUUCGUCUCUAAUAUAACUGCGAUAAUAGACUCAAUUUU